AAACUAUUGGCACUAAGUUUUUAAUUUGAAUAAAAUAAAAUUAUUUAACAGGAUGAGAUAGAACCUUGUUUAGGAGUUUGUCCUUAUCCGUUGAGGAAAAUAAUGUAACAUUGUCUGCUGUCAUCUUAUUUAGUAUCAGUGUUUUUUUUAAGACUCUUCAUCUUCAGCUGCAGAUAGUGAACAGUGAAAAAAACACUUUCCUUUUGUUGUUGUUCUUUUGAUCAAUCCAUCAAGUAGAAGUUGAAGAAAGGUGAAAAUGGAAACCAUAGAGCUAAACAAACCCAAAGUGGUGGUGAUUGAUUCUGUACAAUCAUGGGAAUUCUAUGUCACCCAAGCUUCUAACCAGAAUUCCCAUAUUGUUGUUCACUUUACUGCUUCAUGGUGCAUGCCAUCAGUGGCUAUGGUUUCAUUUUUUGAAGAACUUGCAUCAGAUUAUCCAGAUUUUCUCUUUCUCUCUGUUGAUGUUGAUGAAGUUAAGGAGGUGGCCGCCAAGAAUGAUAUAAAGGCAAUGCCAACAUUUUUGUUGCUGAAAGAUGGUGCUGGUGCUGCAUCCGAGAAGAUAGUUGGUGCGAAUCCAGAAGAGCUAAAGAAAAGGAUAGACGGGUUUGUUCAGACCACUCGCGCAUCGAUUGCAUAGUAUAUGCAUCUGUAUGAUGUUUUCACUUUGCAAAUUGUAAGAAUUGUGUUUAUGGUUCUGCACUAAAGUGACUUGGUCAAAAACCUUUUCAGUUGUGAUGUUUUAUGUCAAUUCUUCAAGUGUAAAUUUCCUAGUUUCCAUUAGCUUCAUGCUUUUGUUAAUGGUUUACUACUUUCUACAGUUUUUGUGGCAGCAAGGAUUUGUAUAUUUUAUCAGUUUUUAAUGUUGUGGAUUUUUAUCA